AUGGCUGAAAAUGUGAUGGCCGCCUACUGGGAUCUCCCAGCUGUCUCCCGAAACCUAGUUACUGCUCUAGUGAUGACAUCCGUCACUUGCAAGCUUAACCUUGUGUCGGUCUACUCGGUGCUUUAUCAUCCGACAUAUUUGUGGAUGUUCCCUCCACAGAUUUGGCGCCUCGUAACAUCCUUCUUCGUCGAGCUGAACCCCAUCAAUUUGCUCUUGAAUUCGUUCUUUCUGUAUCGCUACUGCAAUCAGCUGGAGAUGGGAAACGCUCGUUUCUCGCGCAAGGUCGAUCUUGUCUUUUACAUUCUCUUUAUCUGUUCAGUAAUUCUGUGCUUUGCCUCUUCAGCUAUCACGGUUCCUGGAAAUGAGGAAGAUUACCCUUGCACUUCGGACCGCCCAUCAUUCGCAUUUCAGGGUUGGUCUGCGGUGCAGGCAUGGUGGGAUGUCUAUAUGGAUGGCUUGUGUGACUCCCAAUUCACUCAAGUGAUGAUCGACUACCUUACCGGCUUGAACAGCAUGCUGUACUUGAACGGCCUCAUUCUUGCUAUGGCAUACACCGUGACCCAGGAUCAACGAGGUCAAAAGACGCAAUUCCUCGUCCUUACCAUUCCAGCCCAGACUCUGCCGCUGUGCAUGAUUGUCGUUACUGCCCUCAUGGCAGGACCAAGUGCAGCUCUGGUCGAAAUUGAGGGUUUGUUCGCCGCUCAUCUCUACGACUUCCUUGCACGCCUCUGGCCCGAAUUCGGCAAUGGCCCUCGACUGUUGAGAGUCCCUUCCUGGCUUGAGCGUCUCGUGCAGACCCCCAGAGUUCUUAACCGCGGCUUUGGUACCGCUAUCCGACCUGGUAACUCGGCCUCUACUGGUAGCAGCAGUGGUGUGGAUAAGGGCGGUCCCUUGCCAGACUCGUGGCGGACUCGUGGCCGAGGUCAGCGACUCGGCUGA